AUGUCUCUCUCACGGCCCUCUCGCCAGGCACUGCGCCUGUCCCGCCAGCUCCAGAAAUCCUCAACACCAUCACCACAGGCAUCACGACUCCAGCUCUCCCGCCGCUCAGCAGCAACGCUCACGCCUCCGCACCAGGCCGGCGCAAUCUCCCGCCUGCCCACAAACAUCGACCCGUCGUCGCCCGAGUUCAAGGACAAUGAGGCCCAGAUGGCCGACAUCACCGCCCGCCUGCAGCGCCUCGCCUCCACCAUCCAGCAGGGCGGCUCGCAAAAGGCCCGCGACAAGCACCUUGCGCGCAACAAGAUGCUGCCGCGCGACCGCGUCGCCGCCCUCAUCGACCCGGGCACCACGUUCCUCGAGCUGUCGCCCAUGGCCGGCCACGAGCUGUACCCAGAGGCCGAGGUGCCUGCGGGCGGCAUCAUCACGGGCGUGGGCGUCGUCGAGGGCGUCACCUGCGUGAUUGUCGCCAACGACAGCACCGUCAAGGGCGGCACGUACUACCCCAUCACCGUCAAGAAGCACCUGCGCGCCCAGGCCGUGGCGCAGGAGAACAAGCUGCCCUGCAUCUACCUCGUCGACAGCGGCGGCGCCAACCUCCCCCACCAGGCCGACGUCUUCCCCGACCAAAACCACUUUGGCCGCAUCUUCUACAACCAGGCCCGCAUGUCCUCCCAGGGCAUCCCCCAGAUCGCCGUCGUCAUGGGCCCCUGCACCGCCGGCGGCGCCUACGUGCCCGCCAUGAGCGACGAGAGCAUCAUCGUCCAGGAGCAGGGCCACAUCUUCCUGGCGGGACCGCCCCUCGUCAAGGCCGCCACGGGUGAGGUCGUCUCCCACGAGGACCUCGGCGGCGGCAAGAUGCACUCGUCCGUCUCGGGCGUCACCGACUACCUCGCCGUCGACGACGCCCACGCAAUCACCCUCGCCCGCCGCAGCAUCGCCAACCUCAACUGGCCCAAGCAGUCCGCCGCCACGGUGGCCCCCGCAGAGUCCUUUGCCGAGCCGCUCUACGACCCCAACGAGCUCCUCGGCAUCGCCACCACCAACCUGCGCAAGCCCAUGCCCGUCCGCGAAAUCAUCGCCCGCAUCGUCGACGGCUCCGAAUUUGCAGAGUUCAAGCGCGACUUUGGCACCACCCUCGUCACGGGCUUCGCCUCCAUCUACGGCCAGAAAGUCGGCAUCGUCGCCAACGACGGCAUCCUCUUCGCCUCCUCCUCCGUAAAGGGCGCCCACUUCAUCGAGCUCUGCGCCCAGCGCGGCAUCCCCCUCGUCUUCCUGCAAAACAUCUCCGGCUUCAUGGUCGGCUCCGCCUCGGAGCGCGACGGCAUCGCCAAGCACGGCGCCAAGCUCGUCACCGCCGUCGCUUGCGCUGAUGUGCCCAAGUUCACCGUCGUUGUGGGUGGCAGCUACGGCGCUGGCAACUACGGCAUGUGCGGCCGUGCCUAUUCGCCGCGCUUCUUGUGGAUGUGGCCCAAUGCCCGCGUGGGCGUCAUGGGCAGCGAGCAGUUGGCUGCUGUCAUGGAGACGGUUGGCAAGGCAGAUCCGGAGCUCAAGGAUCGCAUUGAGCGCGAGAGUGAGGCUACCUACUCUUCUGCGCGUCUUUGGGACGACGGCAUCAUCCCUCCCCAGCACACUCGCCACUACCUUGGCCUCGGACUGAGAGCCGCCAUGGGUGGCCGCAACGAGGUCAAGGCCGGAGAUACCAAGUUUGGUGUCUUCAGAAUGUAA